AUGAAAUAUAAGGAAGAGUUGGGAAAUAUUAAGUUUAUUAAAAACCUCAAGAAAAAGUUCCUUCAAUAAAGAAGAUCAUAAACAAAUUUAGAUGAUUAUAAGAUAAAAAAAAAAAGUAUUCUAAUUUUUGAUUUAAAGUAAAAUUAAGUUUUAGAGGCUAAUGUCGAGAACCAUAUAAAUGCUCAUUAUGCAAAGACUACUUUAUUAAGUUCGUUACUACUCUUUGCAGCCAUUCUUUUUGUAAAAAGUGUUUAUUUGAAAGUCAUCUUGUCAAUUAAGUAUUUAAGUACCUAAAUUAAAAAGCAAAAUUGCCCAAUUUGUAAAUUUGUGUUUAGUGAUGAACUACUAAUACCAACACUAAGUGUUGAUGAAUAACUACAAAUCAUUUUGAAAGAUAAUAAAGAAUACUAAAUAAAAUUAUAAAACUUCAAGAUAUGGAACUAAAAUCUGAAAAUUUAAGUGUUAGAGAUUGACAUGAAAUUAGAUGUUUUAGAUAAAGCUAACAAAUGGUGUGAAGGAAAAAUUAAAUAGAUUAAGUACAAUAGAAAGGGAUAAGCAAUUUAUAUUACUGUUAAUUAUGAAAAAAAAUCGAAAGAUUAUGAUGAAAUGAUUAAUACAAGUAGCAAUAGAUUAGCACCUUUUGGAAUGUAUACCUAAUAUUAGAAUAUGUAUAUAUUUUUAGUAUUCUAGAGUUUCAGAAAAGAAUGAUAUCAAAGAGAUUUAAAGAAUUGGAUAAGUCUAAUCAAGAAUAUUGUUUGUCUAUACUCAUAAUAAUUCGUUUCAUUAUCCAAUUCAAGGAAGAAACGAUAGAUUUUCAGGUAUAUUUCGAAUUCUCUGA